AUCUCGCAGUCCAGCCAAACUCAGCCAAAUCAGCCUGCGUCUCCCACAUUCUUUUUCAUAGGCAUGCCCAGUUCGGCAGGCAGCUUCUCGCAGAAAAUGGUGCGAUGCUAGCUAGCACUGAGAAUGUGGACAUGAGUCACAAACAUGCAUGAAACGCAGGGUGCGCGCCAGCUAUCGCGUACUUCAAAAAUCCCUACAUCAUUUUCAAAUGUUGAUGUCGAGCGACAGGUUGGAAAUUCGAGACCGCGUCCAGUGUUACUUUUCGACUGAACUCAAUUCAGACAGUGAAAAUAACGAGAUUUAACGUGAAAUAAGUUGUUAACAAUUACAAUACACAUUGCUCUUGAACAGAAGAAGAAAGGGAGUGAGGGAGUGCUGCAAGGAUCAAAUGUCUUCACUGAUUGUUCCCAAGCAUGUCUCAAUAUUCCCGAGACUUCAACUGUGACCAGAGAGAACUCAUCAGACAUCAAAGAUAUCAAAAUGCAAGAAGUGAUUUGGAGACCCCAAGAGCCUCUGGUGCGCUCGAAAAAGUCCUCCUCAUUCUGUGUAUCCUCACUCCGUUCGAAAGUGCCCCUAUCCGAUGUGAUUCCAAGCCAUCAUCCCGAACAUAGAGUGAUGGGACAAAAGCAGCCCAUGCACUGGAUCCGGAGGACUCAAUCCUUCAUGCGACCAGAAUCCGCUCGGAAACGACAACAAAGACGGAAUAACGCUCGGAAUGAAGUCCGCCGAGCUGAAUCGUUUAACCGACGAACUUCUUUCGAUUUGCUUGUAUCCCGAUUGGGUGUGGUGGAGGAAGGGCGUGUUUUGAAUUGCAAACACCCGGUGAAUGAUGAGGAGCCAAUGAAGGUGUUCAACAAUUACAAGCAAAGAAGGCUUGAUGGGAGGAGUGACAAAGCCUAUCCGAGAGAAGUGUCCUCUUGCCAAGCCUUGAAGAGUGCCGUGUCUUCCUUGUACAAUCUGGAGGAUUUCCAUCGAGACAAAAUCGGCGAGGGAUUCUUUUGUGAAGUCUUCAGGGUGACACAUAAAGGAAGUGGUCAAGUGUUGGUCCUGAAGAAGAACAAGAAUCGUUCAAACCGUUGGAGUAUGCUCAAAGAGGUUCAACUCAUGAAUAAACUCCACCACAAAAACAUCCUCAAAUAUGAAGCAGCUUGUGUCCAUGAAGGACAAUUGCACGCCAUCACUGAGUACUUGGAUGGCGGUUCGCUGGAUAAAUGGAUCCAAGAUUGUCAGAAAGAGUUCCCAUGGGACAUUCGAAUGUCCUUGGCACUUGAUAUUGCUUGUGGUAUGGCGUAUCUGCACAAACAAGGCUAUUUCCACAGAGAUCUCACUUCAAAGAAUAUUUUAAUACGACUGCCCUGUGAUGAAACCAUGGAUAAACCGGUUGGAGUGGUUGCAGAUUUUGGUCUGGCCGCAAAAAUACCUCAAAGCGAUUUAGAGAGCAUCGGCCAAGUCGGUUCGCCUUAUUGGAUGUCACCUGAGUGCAUCAAAGGAAAAUACUACGACGAUCAGAGUGACGUCUUUUCCUUUGGGAUUAUUCUUUGCGAGAUGAUUGCAAGGAUCGACGCUGAUCCUGACAUACUCCCGAGAACCGAGAACUUCGGCGUGGACUACAUUGCCUUUUGUGAUAAAAUUGCAACAGAUUGCCCACCUGAAUUUCUCAAACUGGCUUUUCAAUGCGUUCAGAUCGAGCCGAGAAGCCGUCCUUCGUUCAAUCAGAUCAGAUCAACACUUUGCGAGGUCAUGAAAAGCCCCACUGAUUCUCCAAAAGAGCAACGAAAGUCAUCCAUAGCGAUGCAAGCCCUACAAUCGCCGGUGACAGCAUUAUCCCCUGAGGAACGCCAUUCGGCCCCCACGAAAGUUCCACCCCGAGAAAAGGCUCGGAUUCAUCCUCGACGUCACCUCAGCCACGAUACUUACGUGGCAAUUGGCAAGGAAAUGUCACUCCGGGACCCACAUUACAUUCCAAUUCAUGGGGCUGGCCUAUUGAAUCCAUUUGCCAUGCUUCCCUUGAGACUUGAUUCCCGUGAGAAGAUCGUGGAGCCCAAGGAUCUGUUUUGUUCUUGCUUUGAAUUGUGCAAUAGUAGCGAUCAAAGAGUUGGAUUGUCGAAAAGACCCUCGACGAUACGAAAGAGUGUUUCCAUGAUUCAUCAAGACUAUGAUGACACGGACUUUUGUGAAGAGAUCGCCGCCAAGUUACAAUUGAAUGCGAAGGGUAUGACGCAAAGCAAUGCAAGAUCUUGAAAGUCACACAAUACUUGUCAUUUUUAUUUGAUGGUACCAAAGAGUUCUACCCGCGGAACACAAAUUGAAUUGGAGCAUCGUCAGUUUCACUUUUGUAUUCGCGGUUCACGCGUCCUAAAUAUGAUAUCCCAUCUAUCUAUGCUA